CACCAAACCAUCCAGAUGUAACAACAUCAAUUGCAACCAUCGCUCAGCCUCGAUCUCCAACCUCAAAGACCAACUGAGAGGAAAACCUCGCCGGCUCUUGCGAACAUGCCUCCUCCGAAACGGAAGCGUACGAGCCAUGCGCCGGACCACGAUAACAAUGCACGCAACAAGCGAUUCGCCUACCUCAAGCCACAAGUCAGGCAGGUCUCUGAGAGGACCAUCAAGAGCAAGUGGUCGACGCUUCCCGAACCCGUGCAAGACAAAGUUCGCGACAUGUUCCGAGCCCUGGAGCGCCCUGUCAUCAUGCGACAACAAAAUGAGAGCAAGCGCAUCGAAGCGCAGGCCGCCGUGCAAGCUGUUGUGAAAAAUUUGGGAAAACGACUGCCGCGAAUGCCGUUCCCCCCCGUCGCGAAAGAUUCCGUGUUUGAGUACGAAGCAGCUCUCAAAGAACAUUCCUCGUUGGAGGCUGCUCUAGCUACGAUGAAUGAUAGUAUCGAUCUAUUGAAGGUUGAGGUGGAGAAAGAGGAAGCACUACUUGAGAAAGAGAGGAAACAACUGCAGGAGAUGGAGAGAAACGCAAAGGGAGUCGAGGCAGAAAGAAAGAGACAGAUGAAGAAUGAACAUCCGGUGCUACGGCAAUUGAGCAACGCCCCUGAUAACCACGACUCAAACCAGUGCGGCUUUACCAUUGCAAAUGAUAACGGCGCACAGGUCAUGUUUGAUGAGCUUGAGGCCGAUCCAGAAGUUUUUGGUUUAUUAGAACAGUUGCAUGACCAUCUCAAGUCGAUGCAAAAUAACACGACACCCCUGACUGGCCUGAGAGAUGCAGUCGCCAAAUCUCAAGCGGCGCUAAGCUUGACUUUCCUUCCUGACGACUGAAGCAGGUUCACAGCAAACAAGCUAAUAACAUGCCCAGCCGCAGCUCAUGCUGUUCCGUUGAGGCUGAUUAUUCGACAGCAAUGCAGCGAAGUCUGCACAGCGACAUCAUCAUGGGUCAAGGGCCCCUGAACGCUGAAGCAGUGACGCUGGCGUCAUGAUCUCGGCAAAUGUUCAAAUUGCAACGAUCGAGGAGCGGAUGGGUUUAAGCUGGUGCAUCAAGCCCCCGUGCAUGGCCUCGGUAUGAGUGUGCCAAUACUUUGCUUACAGGGUCCGCAUCUCUUGGCAAUACAUGCACCGAACAUAUAUACGAAGGACUGGGUCCCGAGUCAAGCAGUGAAACAUACACCACACAGUGGACUGAUGGAGUCACUUGGCCUACAAACUGGCACGCAAAGACGAGUACAUAUCUGAGACUGUUGUGGGCUCGGGCCUGCAAAUGUAAGGGUCCUACUUGCCUGUAAAGUAGUUCGAACGUGUUGAAG